UAAAGACAAGAUUUUGAAGCAAAGCUACACAAACAGUAUCACUUCCAGAUCUCUCCGAAAUUGGGAUUUCUCUGAAACCUCUCACCGGCUCUUCUCCAUUUUUCUCAUUCAAAGCAAAUCCCAAUCUUCCAUUCUUCUUCUUCUUCUUCUACUUCUUUUCGUUCUCUUUUCGUUAAUCCUCCAUUUCUUUCUCUUUUUGUACGAAUUCUUUACUCGAUUUGAAGAUCUGCUUCAAAUCCGGACCGGGGGUUUUGAGAAAACCCCAUGAAAGAUUCAGAUCCCACCACUGAGCCCAUUGGGCAGCAUUUGAUUAAGCUCAUAAGUAAUCUCUGUUUCUCUGUUUUUGUGUUUUCUGUUCUUAUUAUCACUGUCAUUGCUAUCACUUACCAGCCUCCAGAUCCGUGGCUUGAAUCCACUCCUGCUCUUACCAAGUUCUUCACUUCUUCCGAGAAUGCUACUUUCAAGAACGAUGAAUCUGUUGUUAAAACAGGGGAGGAUUUGGUCUCUGUUCUUCCCCCUGCGAUCUCCCCUGCUUUGGGAAACCAGAUUACUGAGGAGGUGAUUGAGAAAUCUGAGGAGGUAAUUGCUAAUUCUACUACCCUUAAAUUGAAUUGUGAUGAACUGCGUGGUGUGAAUUGUUCCGACCCCCGUAUUUUGAUUGCGGUCGAGAGGUUUAAUCUGAAGGCAUUUAAGUCUAUUGCGUUUCUUGAGUAUCAAUCUCCUGUUAAUGGGUCGAAGGAAGAUGAAUGUGAUGUUUCGUGGAGAUUUAGGAACAAGAAAGAGAAGUCGUGGAGGAAGUAUAGGGAUUUUCGUCGGUUUAAAUUCGAUGUCGGGGAGGAUUGUGAUUAUAAGGUAGUUCAUGCUGGUGGUUGGCAUUCAGGUAUAAAUGCUCGACGACCGAGAAGUGCGAUGAACAAUCGUUCUAGAGGUGGUGGAAGUGGUAGAGUUGCUCCACCGGUACGGGACGAGGAGAUUAACGACACGAUCCCAACAUUGGGAUCGGAGACGAAUUUUAGGAAGGGGAAGUACUUGUACUAUUCACGUGGAGGGGAUUACUGUAAAGGAAUGAACCAAUAUCUAUGGAGUUUCUUGUGCGGUUUGGGAGAAGCAAUGUAUUUGAACAGGACUUUUGUGAUGGAUUUGAGUGUUUGUCUGGCAGGUAGUUAUAAUCCGAGCAACAAAGAUGAGGAGGGGAAAGAUUUUCGUUUUUACUUCGAUUUCGAGCAUCUUAAAGAAGUUGCAUCGAUUGUAGAGGAGGGUGAAUUUGUGAGAGAUUGGAAGAAAUGGGAUAAAGGCCACAAGAGGAAGAUACCUGUUAGGAAGGUUGUGAGCCAUAAAGUGACACCAAUGCAACUGAGGAAAGAUAAAAAUACAAUCAUAAUGAGGCAGUUUGACGCUCCUGAGCCUGAGAAUUAUUGGUACAGAGUGUGUGAGGGGCAGGCUGCAAAAUAUAUUCAACGGCCAUGGCAUGCCGUAUGGAAAUCGAAAAGAUUGAUGAAUAUCGUGACAGAAAUCAGUGGUCGUAUGGACUGGGAUUUUGAUGCAGUUCAUGUGGUUCGAGGAGAGAAGGCACAAAACAAAGAGCUUUGGCCUCAUUUAGAUUCAGAUACAGCUCCUGAUGCUAUUCUUGAAAAGUUGAAAGGGAUGGUUCAGCCUUGGAGGAAUCUGUAUAUAGCCACCAAUGAACCAUUCUAUAACUACUUCGACAAAUUGCGAUCUAAUUUUAAAGUCCAUUUGCUUGAUGAUUUCAAGGAAUUAUGGGGAAACACCAGUGAGUGGUACAACGAAACAACGCUUGUAAACAACGGUAGACCAGUCGAGUUCGAUGGGUACAUGAGAGUCGCGGUGGAUACAGAAGUGUUCUACAGGGCAAAAACCCGCGUUGAAACAUUCUAUAAUUUGACUAAAGACUGCAAGGAUGGAAUCAAUACGUGCUGAUCUUGGCAAGCGCCACAUUACUCAUAGGUGAUUCGUGUUUUCUAUUACUUUUUUAUUUGAUUCAUGAUGAUACAACGUUUGAAACCAUUCUAGGUUCAUUCAAGCUAUGCUUGCUACAAUUUUCAACGUAAUAUGAAUUCAUGAUUUUCAUUCAUCUCUCUUGUACUUUUGUAUCAUAGAAACAAGUCGUUCCAAUAUCCAUGUUCAUCUUGUAACAGUUACAUAAUAUCUUUUUAAUGUC